AUGUCGUCCAUCCCGUCGCACAACCCUGGCCCAAUCCUCUCCCGCGGCCGCAAGCUCUUCCUCGCUGGCCUCGUCGUCACGCCUCUGCUGAGCUACGCCGUGCUCAAGAGGAGACAGAACCAGCGCGAGCUAGAGCGCAGAUUGCUGGAAGAGGAGGGCAGGCGCAACUGGAUCGCGCAGGAGAACCGCGGCGAUCUGAGUGUGAAUGUUGGUAGGAGUGGUGGGGGCGUGUAG